AGACUCUCUGAUGUCACCGUUGUCUCCGGUAUCCAAAUCACAAGAUGCCUUCCAAGGUUCCCCUCUCAUCAUGGAUGGCACAUGUAGCCAAUCCCAACGUUCUUGUAUCACAUCUGUCUAUCCCCGGAACCCACGAUAGCUGUUCAAAGUCGGUCGUCCCGUUUGUGGGCACGCAGUCUCUCACGGUUUCCGAGCAAGCAGAGCAAGGAAUUCGAUUUUUCGACUUGCGGGUCAAUCUGACGGCGAAAAAGAACCCAGUCCUGGUGCACGGUGACUACCCUCUCGGUCUAGGGCUGGUUGACGUCCUCCAAAGCCUGUACGACUUCCUUGACAACCAUCCCAAGGAAGGACUCGUCAUUCAAUUCAAACGAGAUGGCUCUCUGCCCGCCAAAUGGACCCCUUUCGACUUCAGCAACGUCAUUUUCUCGGUUAUCGCCUCGAACCCCAGUCGGUGGCGUUUGGAGACCGACAUCCCGAAGCUCAGCGACUUGCAAGGGCGGAUUCAGCUUGUACGGCGCUUUGAGUUGUUCCCACCGCAGCCACUCAACAGCGCAGGUCUUGACGUCCAGGACUGGAAGGACAACUGGGACAUACCCUUUCCCAUCGCCGCCACGCCCGGAAGCCCAGUGCCCAACGUCCGCGUCCAGGACAAAUACGACUUUGCCUAUGCACGUGGGGGCCCGUGGAAGACCAUUCCGAUCAAGUUCGAUCUAGUCAAGAGCCUGAUGCAGGAGGCCGCGUCGAAUCAGAAGCCCGACGUGUGGUAUUUCAACUACUCGAGUGCCGUCACCUUCACAUUGGCCGAGCCAUGGGAGUUUGCACAGGGAUUCUAUGACGACGACAGGUCCAAGUAUUGCAAAGGGGUUAAUACGUACAUGCAAGAGUUUCUGACGGCGCAGGUGCAACCGCUUGCUCGCUAUGGCGUGCUUAUGAUGGACUACCCGACCGAUUCGCGUUCGACCAAUCUCGUUCGCGCCAUCAUUGAGAGUAAUGACUUGAUACCUUAGGUACAUGACAGCGCAAGACUCUGUCCUACUCUUAGGAUAUAAACACCAUGUGCAGCACAGAUGAUCAGAGGAGGAGAAUUUGGAAAUUGAGAACGCUGUGGCGGAAAUGAUUCGAUGGGUCUUUAAGGAGCUCGCAGGUAGUAGCU